GAUAGUCGAAAGUGUACAAAAACAAAAUUAUUGUGAAUAACCCUUCAAGUGUGUUUUCUCCGCACUUCAUUCGUUAAGAAUUUUUUAGAAAAAAACAAAGAAAAAAAUUACGUUACGAUCAACACGCAACUUUGAGCCACCUUCCGAUUUAAAAGUCUCAUAGUAAACGUUGGCUACAAGUUUUGUUUUUCGGAAAUCAUUUUCAGCACAAAAUGAAUAUUAACUACAUACAAGGAAAAGUGAUUUUGAUAGUUCUUGCAUGUGUGUUACACGCAAACUAUGGAAAAACUGGUAAAUUAAAAUCUAAAAAUCAAUUAGAAAAAUCUCCUUCCAGCUCAAAAAAUAAAAAUCAUGAAGUUUCUUUAAAGGACCCAAAAAACGAUCCCAUUGAAAAAAUGUUAUUAAAAAUUGCAACUAUAAUCCAAGGUUGUAUAGACGAAAGAACCAUGAAUAACAAACAAUUUAAAACAAAACUGGACGAUUUAUACAAGGAUAUAGUAAAGGAUCCAGUAAACGAAUCAAUAGUUGAACACAUGAAAAAAGUGAAAAACAUUAAAAAAAAAUACGAUGAAGAUGUCAAACUAUUGAAGAUAAUGAACCUUGGAGAAACCCUUAAAAAUAAACCUAAAUCUAAAUCAUUCAAUAAAUCAGACAAAAAAUAAGCAUCAACGAAGUGUGGUCAAAUAUUCCGUUACAAUAAUAUAUUCAUUCGUUAUAAAUUGCCUACCUAUUAUACUACCAGCCAAUUUCAAAUGAUGUCAACAAUUUAUAUUAGGUACCUUGCCAAAUAGCUGAUAAUAGAUAAUAGAUAGUUUGGAUAGGAACAAGCUAUUGAAUUGUAUAAUAUUAAUAAUUAUUCCUCGUUUCAAUUUAUUUCCAAUUUUAUGAUCGUAAAUAGCCAAUACUCCAAUACUCUUAUGUAGAGUUUAAUUUAUUGUACUGAAGAAAAAAAAUAUGCAAAAUAUGAAUUUUCACAUGUACAAUUUUUUAUUUAAUAUGUUUUUCAAUCCAUCAAAACUAAAAUUUCGCUGUUUAAUUUAUUUUUUGGUGGUACAGAUUUAAAUAAUAAUUUAUAAUAGAAAUAGCUUAAAUUUUAUAAGAUAUUAUCUACCUACAUUAUAUUUAAAACAAUAAAGACUAAAAAUAUACAUUUUUUUCAAUUAAAAAUAA